AUGCAUGAUGUUGUGAGGAGAAACGGCGAUGGGCGAGAGGUUUUGCACAGGGAAUCGGCGUUGCAGCUCAUCAAAUCAUGCCGCACCCUCGCAGGCGCCAGGGAAAUUCAUGCUCGGAUCCGCCACUUGCUCGAUCCGUGCGACGUCUUCCUCCUCAACACCAUCAUGCAGAUGUAUGGGAGGUGUGGCAGCGCUCGCGACGCCCAUCGCCUCUUUCUUGCAAUGCCUUCGAGAAACUCUUUCUCGUGGGAGCUCAUGCUGUUUGCAUUUACCGCGAAUGGGGAAUUGGGAUAUGCAAGAGACUUCUUUGAAUCCAUGCCUGAUGUCUCUAGUGUUUCAAUGACGGCUAUUCUAAGUGUCUAUGCCAAGCACGGAAAUAUUGAGUACGCUAAGUUGAUAUUCGACAAGAUACCAGAAAAGGAUUUAAUUGCAUGGUCUACCAUGGUUGGUGCAUUUGCCACUUGUGGGCAUCUGCAGCAGGCAAAGCAGGCGUUUUGUUCUAUGCCUCUGCGUGAUCUCGUCUCCUGGACGUACUUGCUCGAAGGUUAUGGAAGAUCCAGUGAGACAUAUUGCGAAGCAAAAGAUUUGUUUUGCUCAAUGCCCGAGCACGAUCUCGUCGCCUGGACGAGCAUGCUCGGCAUUUGUGCCGCAAAUGGGCAUUUGCAUGAAGCUCAGAGCGUGUUCGAAGCAAUCAAAAGCAAAGAUAUUGUUUGCUACACCGUGAUCUUGUCUUCUUACGCUCAAGCAAGCGAUCUGGCAGAAGCUGAGAGAAUGUUCCAAACUUUGAUGCCCGAGCACAGCAUUGUUUCUUGGACUGCAAUGCUUACAGCAUAUGCCCAGAACGGGGAUAUUCCGCGAGCCACGCGUUUGUACGAGAGAAUGCAUGAGCACGACGUGGUAUCUGGUACUUGCAUGGUGGCCGCAUAUUCCCAGGCUGGGAAUCUGGAACUUGCCAAGCAUGAGUUUGAUACCAUGCACGAGAGGAAUAUUGUUACGUGGAAUGCUUUGCUGGGCGGUUUUGUGCUAAGCGGGUGUUUAGACGACGCGAAGAGGAUUUUUGAUCGGAUGGCAAUGUGGGAUGCCGUGGCCUGUACGGCCAUGGUAACGGCAUAUUCUCAUGCGGCCAAGCUCACCGAAGCCGAGAUUCUCUUUCAUUCUGCCAAAGACCGCAGCAUGAUUUUGUGGAACUCGAUGCUGUCGGCGCACACCCAAAACUCGCCAUUGCAAAGGGCAGUUGCGUUUUUCAAUGAAAUGCCGGGGUGUGAUCUGGUCUCUUGGAAUGUCAUUUUUGCGGCAUUUGCCCGUCACGGAGAUCUGGAAGAUCACAAACUUCUGCUCCAACUUUUCCACGAGAUGGGAUCAACGCUUGCUCCGGACGAGAUCUCCUUCACUUGCGUGCUCGUCGCGAGCGCUCACUUGGGCGGCCUGAGCUCGGCACGAGCCCGAUUCUGGUCAAUGGUCCUGGACUUUUGGUUGACCCCGUCAAAGCAGCACUAUUGCUGCGUCGCCAGCUUGCUUGGGCGAUCUGGGCAUUUGGAACAGGUGGAAGAGCUGCUGGCCACCAUGCCAUUUGUGCCGGAUGCUGUGGAUUGGAGGAGCUUACUAUGGUCAUGCAAACUUUACAAGAAAUUUGGGCAAGGAGCUCGCGCUGGAGCUAUGGCUUUUUAUCUGGAGCCUAAAAAUCCCGUGGGCUAUGUGUUCCUGUCAACCCCGUGA